AUGACUCCUCUCUCUAAUCCUUCCUCUUAUUGUCGCUUGCUUGGCCGUCUUAUCUAUCUUACUACAACUCGCCCUAGCAUUACCCAUUUUGUUCAUCAUCUUAGCCAGUUCAUGUCAUCUCCUACAAUAGCUUAUUCUCAAGCUAUUUUUCGUAUUUUACGAUACUUGAAGUCUGCUCUUGGCUCGAGACUUUUCUUCUCUUCUACCAACUCUCUUCAAUUGAAAGCAUUUAGUGAUUCAGACUGGGCCAGUUCUCUUGAUACUUGUCGUCCAAUUACAGGGUUUUCAGUUUAUCUUGGUGAUUCCUUAAUCUCUUGGCACUCCAAGAAGUCGCCCACUAUUUCUCGUAGUUCCUCUGAGGUUGAGUAUCGUGCCCUUGCUACCACUACGUGUGAGCUUCAGUGGCUCACCUAUCUUCUUGAUGAUUUACGUGUUCCUGUUCAGCGCCCUAUUCUUCUCUAUUGUGACAAUUAA